AUGGUUGUGCAACUAUACGGACAGCCAUUUGGUCAAGUUCCAGCCAUAGAAGAUGGUGAUUUCAAGCUUUUUGAAUCUCGAGCCAUUGCGAGAUACUACGCGACCAAGUACUCGGACCAAGGCACGGACCUUUUGGGCAAGUCUCUAGAGCACCGAGCCAUUGUGGACCAGUGGUCCGACGUCGAGACCCAUUAUUUCAACGUGCUGGUCCACCCCAUUGUGAUUAACUUAGUCAUCAAGCCAAGGUUAGGCGAAGAAUGUGACAUUGGUUUGGUCGAGGAGCUCAAGGUGAAGCUCGAGGUGGUCUUGGACGUGUACGAUAACCGGCUUGCUUCGAACCGGUUUUUGGCUGGUGAUGAAUUCACUAUGGCUGAUUUGACGCACAUGCCGGCGAUGGGGUACUUGAUGGGUAUAACCGAUCUAAACCGGAUGAUUAAGGCUAGGGAGAAUAUGAACCGGUGGUGGGAAGAGAUUACGGCUAGACCGGCUUGGAAGAAGCUUAUGGAGAUGGCUGGUCAUUGA